UCCUUACACUUUGCAUCAUCCUUGCUGCAUGCUCUCAUGCUACCCCCGUACCUGAUCAAAAAGAAGAUAAAAAAGAAAUUAAAAUUGGAAAGAUUACUGCUAAAGAAAAUGAAAAAAAAGAAGAAAUCACUCUCACCAUAAACUUUAGC